AUGGCUCGUCAAGCGACAAGAGUGAUCUCAAAGUGGAGUACAAAGCUUAACCCUAAUGAGUAUCGCUACUUUGGAUCGUCAGCACCACCGCCCGCUGUUUUCGUUGAUAAGAACACCCGCGUCAUCUGUCAAGGCAUCACCGGCAAAAACGGCACUUUCCACACUGAACAAGCCAUUGAAUACGGUACUAAAAUGGUUGGUGGAGUGACCCCCAAGAAGGGUGGAACAGAACAUUUGGGGCUUCCUGUUUUCAAUACUGUUGCAGAGGCAAAAGCAGAGACAAAGGCUAAUGCUUCAGUGGUUUAUGUCCCUCCACCAUUUGCUGCAGCAGCUAUUAUGGAGGCCAUGGAAGCUGAGUUGGACUUAGUUGUCUGCAUAACGGAGGGAAUUCCUCAGCAUGAUAUGGUUCGCGUAAAAGCUGCUCUUAAGAAGCAAUCAAGAACUCGGCUGAUUGGGCCAAAUUGUCCAGGUAUUAUCAAACCAGGAGAGUGCAAAAUUGGAAUUAUGCCUGGAUACAUUCACAAACCUGGGCGUAUUGGAAUUGUUUCUCGAUCUGGUACAUUGACAUAUGAAGCAGUUUUUCAGACAACUGCUGUUGGUCUUGGACAGUCAACUUGUGUAGGGAUUGGUGGUGAUCCUUUUAAUGGUACAAAUUUUGUCGAUUGCUUAGAGAGAUUUAUUGCUGAUCCACAGACAGAAGGUAUUGUUCUUAUUGGUGAGAUCGGUGGUACAGCAGAAGAAGAUGCUGCAGCCUUGAUAAAGGAAAGUGGAACUCAAAAGCCUGUUGUUGCAUUUAUUGCUGGACUAACUGCUCCUCCUGGACGACGAAUGGGUCAUGCUGGAGCCAUUGUAUCGGGUGGAAAGGGAACAGCACAGGACAAGAUCAAGGCUCUCAAGGAAGCUGGGGUUACAGUAUGCGAGUCUCCUGCUAAAAUUGGGAUCACAAUGCUUGAUGUGUUCAAACAGAGGGGUCUUGCGUAA